AAUUAAUGAAAAAUCUUUUGUUCAAAUCACUUGUGAGAUUCUCAUAAGUUAAAAAUAGUUAAUACUUUGUAGAAUUAGAAAACUAAUAUGGAUGUCAUAAUUAUCAUCCAUUACCAGUAGUGAUUGCAAAAGGAAAAGGAAUAUAUGUUUGGGAUUAAGAAGGAAAUAAGUAUAUGGAUUUUUUAGCAGCAUAUUCAGCUGUUAAUUAAGGACAUUGUCAUGAAAAGAUAUAUUAAGAAUUAAUUAAAUAAGCAUCUUAAUUAACUUUGACAUCAAGAGCGUAAGAUAAAAAUAUAUAUAAUUAGAUUUUAUAACAAUAAAUUAGGGGAAGCUGAGAAAUAUAUAACAUAAUUAUUUAAAUAUGAUAAAGUGUUAUUUAUGAAUUCAGGAGUGGAAGCAGGUGAAUCAGCAAUUAAAUUUGCUAGAAGAUGGGCAUAUAAUAUAAAAAAGGUUCCCGAAAAUUAAGCAAGAGUAUUAUUUGCAAAUGGAAAUUUUUGGGGUAGAACUAUAGCUGCAUGUGGUAGUAGUGAUGAUCCUGAAAGAUAUUAAAGAUUUGGACCUUUUGGUGGUUUAAAUUUUGAUCUUGUAGAUUAUAAUAAGUAACAUAUAUUAUCUAUAUAGUAUUAAUGCAAUUGAAACUAAAUUUAAAGAAAAUCCAAAUUAUGCUGCCAUAUUUUUUGAAGCAAUAUAAGGUGAAAAUGGAGUGAUAAUUCCUGAUUCUAAUUAUUUGAAAUAAGUAAGAUCAUUAUGUGAUAAAUAUAAUGUUUUAAUGAUUGUAGAUGAAAUUUAAACAGGUUUAGGUAGAACAGGAAAAAUGUUAGCUGUUGAACAUGUAUAAAUAAUUAAUUAUUUAAUAGGAAAAUGUUAGACCUGAUAUGGUAUUAUUAGGUAAAGCUUUAUCAGGAGGAUUUUAUCCUAUUUCUGCUGUUUUAGCUGACGAUUAAAUUAUGUUAUAAAUUAAACCAGGUGAACAUGGAUCUACAUAUGGUGGUAAUCCUUUAGCUGCUAGUCUUUGUAUUAAAGCAUUAGAAGUUUUAAAAGAAGAAAAAAUGAUUGAAAAUGCUCAUAAUCUAGGAAAAGUUAUGGAAAAAAGAUUAAAUGAAUUGAAGAAAUUUAAUAAUGUUACUUAAAUUAGAAAUAGAGGAUUAAUGGGAGCCAUUCAAUUCUAAGAUGGAAAAGGGGAUGUUGCAUGGAAUUUCUGUCUUUAAUUAGCUAAAUAAGGAUUACUUUGUAAACCUACUCAUAAAACUAUUAUGAGGUAUUUAUUUUAUAGAAUAUUUUAGAUUAACUCCACCUUUAAUAAUUAAUGAAGCUGAACUUAAUUCUGCUUUUGAUAUAAUUGAGAAUGUAUUAAAAUCAAUUUGAAUUAUGAG